AUGGCGUUCGGAUUUUAUAACAUCUCGUUGCACGAAGACUCAAUCGCCCUAGCGACAUUCAAGACAGUACAGAGGAACGUCUUCAUCCCCACGUCAGCCGGGAUUGUGGGCACGCUCUCUAGGGCCCUCCACAACGGGAUCCCGUGGGUUCUCACCGUCGUCGUUGAUACGAUUGAGCAUCGAUUACGGGAGCGGCUCAAAUUUUAA